UACAAGUUGUGUGGAAGUAUUUACAGAGCGGACUCGACCCAGUUUCCUGCUUGACUUACAUCUCCAGGAAAGAACUACAGUGCAGGUGGAGGGAUGAGCCUCUUCCCUGUGAUUGGCACAGAUGUGCCGGAAGCAGCCAAUGGGGUGGAUACACCAGGCUCCCCUGGAUCCUGUAAUGUGAAUGGCCCGUACACCCACGCCCCUAAUACCCCUGCACAGCUCCUGAAGUUUGGGGGUAGGGUGCCCUGUCCUGGGCAGGGAUCCCUUGAUGAGACUGAGAACUCUGUGGAUGGGGAGAGCGCAUGCGAUGGACAAAACCCCAUAGACACUUCUCACAACUCCACGUCCGAUUCAGACACACAGCAACACACCGACGCGUUCCCAGCCCACCCCUCCUUCCCCACUGCCACAUGCACAGCAGACACAGAGCCAGACCCACACGAGCCCCCCAAAGACAUGUCCCUCACUGGACCCUCCCAAACAGGUAUGCCCCUAAACGAGACUCUGUCUGGAGACUGGCAGCACACAGGCACUCCAUCCAAAGACACAGCCCCAGAGGGGGACACUCACAGCGCAGACAAAAAGCAGUCCGAGACAAAGCACACAGAGCCUUCUAGCUGCUGUGCUGCAGGAACAGAGGAGGAAAAGGAGGUGGAGGUGGAAGAGGAGGAGUGUGAAAAUGAGAGCGAGGAGCAGCAUGCAGGAAACACACAGGCUGAAGUCUCAGCUGAGCUUACAGAGGAGCCCUCGGCAGCAGCUCCCAGCUCUGUCCCAGCUGAGGGGGGGGAGUCGUCAGGCAGCAGCCCUUGUCCGCCCCACGUCAUGGCCCAGGUGCGCGUGCGGAACGUCCCAGAGCGGGAGCGCAUUGUCCGGGGCAUGCAGGACAGCAAGAGCCUGGACGAGAUCAGCCAUGCAUGCAUCGGUGGGGGUCGGGGGGGCCAGCCAGAGGGCCGCAGGGCCACCAUCUCCUCUGCCCUGGAGCUGGAGGGAACAGUCAGCCACGACGGGGACCUGACCCACUUCAUCUGCCGCAACCUGGAGCAGAAGAUCAAGAUGAGCUCAAAGCCCAGCCUGGACUGUGACUGCGACUCGGACUGCUCGGGUUCCAUCAGCAGCAGAGGUCGUGAGUCGUCGUCGCGGCGGCCGGCUGACAUCCCUCCCAUCGACCCUGCUGUCUUGGCGGACCUGCAGAGACACACGCAGGAAGUCGCCCACAGCGUGGAGCUAAUGAUGCGCAGCCUCAACGGAACCAUCCAGAACAUGACAGCGCUGAGUGUGGGCUACAUCCAGACCUAUAGAGACUCUGUGGACAGCCUGGGGGAGUCUGUGGACAUGAGCAUAAAGGGAAUGUACACACUGAUGGCGCGUUGUGAGGAGCUGGACCGCUCUAUGCAGCCCAUCCACACUCUGGCCGCCCAGAUCCGGGACAUUAAGCGUACCCUGGAUGCCCUGGAGGCCAUCUGCAAGUAGCCCCUCUCCCCCCCUGGACUCUUACCUGGAAACCCCUCCCCGAGAAAUCCUCUUUCUAACCUAACGACCCCCCUCCGUCCAUACCGCCCUCCUGGAAUCACUGCUACUAAUCAUGCUAGCUUCAUGGAUGAUCCGCUCCUCCCCCUCACCUCACCCCUCCCCAUGUAGACGUCAUGCUUCAAACCCCUCCCCCCACCCCGGAAAUGCUCGCUCGGCUAGGAGCCCCUCCCCCUGACAGAACUUGAAGGAAACGGAGCGCUUGAUGCUUCUCUUAUUACCGUCCGACCCACGUGGUUCAGAUUGUACUAACUGCUGCCGCCCACACGGGGGCGCUCUCUCUUUCUCAUGGAGAGUGAGAUUUAGGAACAGAUGAGAUGGUUUAGAUGUUAGUCACUUCUUAGGCAGGUUGCUUAAACUAGUGAGACGAGACACAGGAGAGGGUGUGGGGGUACAUAUGUCGUAUAAAUGUCAUGUUACAUACCUGUUACCAACCGAACCUGUUACCUGUUACCAACCAACCAUUCCCUGCGGAGCUCUCCUCUCCGAUCCCGAGAUAAUGUUGCGCUUUAGGAGACUGUGGUACCCUCUGUCAUUUCACAGGUUGGUAGGUAGGUACUAAGUAGGUAGUCCUGUCUUAAUAUCGAACAUAUCUAUUUUGCCUAAAUAGUGCUUGCCAUGGUGAGAGGUUGUGGACAGCUGUUACAUGUAGCGUGCCGUUACUGGCUUGUACCAUGAAGGACUUGAAUGCUACCAGAUGUCAUCAGAUCUGCAGAAGCCCCACC